AUGUGGCCCCAAGCCCCCCUCCUGCGGGUGUUCUACCGGGACGGGCAGGUGGUGGGGGGCCCGCAGGGGUUCCCGCAGCUGCUGGUGCCCGCCGUGGGGGUCUCCCACUCAGGGCAUUACAGCUGUGAAGUGCGCUGCAAGGUGGGUGCUGUGUGGAGGAGCAGCACCCGGCUCCGCUUCACGGUGCGCAGUGAGUGCGGGGACGGGCACUGGGAGCCCCCACAGCCUCCUCGGAUCCCCUGCCUGGGGCCCCCCCAGAACCCCCUUAUCCCCCGGGGGAGGGGGAGGAGCUGGACACUGAGCGGGCAGGGGCCCAGACCCUCGGCCUCGCUGGUGAGUCCUCAGGGGAUGCCAUGGCCCCACCCCGCUGUCCCCAACAACGGGCAGGAGGUGGCCCGGGGUCCCUUCCUGGAGCUGGGGGACAUCGAUGUGGGACAUUCGGGCACCUACCAGUGCGUGGCCACCAACCAGCUGGGACAGGACGGGCACCGCGUGUUCCGGGCACUCAGCCCAGAGCUGGCCCUGGAGGUGACACCUGGCUCACCCUGGGUCACAGUGGCCGCAGGGGUCGGAGGGGCCCUUUUGUUCCUGCUCCUGCUCGUGGGUGUCAUUGUGGCCUGGCACCGCUGGCACCGUGUGGCUGCCAGGAAGCACCAAGAAAGGGUCCCCCCGGAUCCCCCGGCCCCCCCAGAGGAGGGGGAGGUGCUGUACAGCCACGUCGUGGUCACCAAGGGAACAGGGGGGUCCCCGCAUGCCACCACACUCCAGGAUCCGCAGGUGACCUACGCGGAGCUGUGGGGACACCAGGGGCAACCACGGGAACCCGGUGACAUCUACGGGAAUGUGCUGUGAUACUGGGGGGCACUGGGGGUCCCCACCCAUGGGCACAUGCUCCUGUGUGUGCUGCCACUAAAAAACUGCCCCUGUCCCUCCCUGUGGA